CACAUCAAGAUGGCAAAAUGGACAAGUGAUAGUACGCGUACAGCUCAAAAUCGACCAUGAUAACCAUGAGCGCUGAGUUUAAACAAUGGGAUCGCAUUCUUAGUCCUUAUUCCCCCACGAAGCCGGCUACGCAGGCAUGCAGUGGCCCCAUGAUAGAGUACUUAGAAUAGCCUCGGAAAAGACAAGAGAGGUACUAACUUCGAUUUGAAAAAAAUUCGCUCCGCAUAGCGAUAUAAAAAUUGCUUGCACUCAUAUGCGCAUUGAAUUCGCACUCCUGUGACUAUCGCUAGGAAGAGAGGAGCGACAGCAAAAGUUUCUCGCAUCAGAAAGGAUACUUACUAUAACAACAAAUUAACAAAAUCUUCAUAGAUUUAGUCAUUUUUCAAUAUUCGUGAUUUUUUCUUGUUUCUUUGUUGGAUUAACGCCAGUAUGAAUGCCACUCAAUUUUUAAUGAAUUUAAUUUUUAAGAAUGGAAUUAAUGGCGUGGUCGCAGAAUUUUUCUCCUCGCUUCGCUCGCGGAGAAGUCUCUUCUGAUGUCUUACCUCAGGGAUCGUCGUAACUGUUAAAGGCCUGGCCAUGUUCACUAUCAAAAAGAUACUUCUAUGAUAUUCAGUCAAAGCGGGCCUAGGUGCUUGACCAAAUCAAGCUGGAUGGUAUGCUAUUAGAGCUGGUGCAGAAAGUAAAAAGCAGUGCGACAGGUAGUCAAGCGCAUGAAAUUGUUAAAAACGAACUUUCUAAAAUUGCCGAAAAUUGACACUUUUACAGCACUGCCAGCACUUGUAUAGUAGAUUUGUAUAGUUUUGUUCUGUUUAAUAUCUUGUUUUUUAUCUGUUUGUUUUGUUUGUUUUUCUUAAUUUGGAAAAUUCCUAAACAAAAUCCUCAAAAACAUAUGUUCCUUAAAAAUCUCUUAAAAAUAUCCAAAAUGCCUUAGUCUAAGGAGAAAUCCUUGAAAGUGAGAGCCCAGAUGAAAACUUUCUUGCCCGAAAUCAGGUGGCCUCGCUUCCACACUAUUGUGUUGUUCCUCUAGCCAAAGAAUAGAGAUUACACUUGCUCCCCUACGAAGCCCGCUACGCGGGCUUGCCAGUGGUCCUACUGUAGAGCAUGCAGACUAGCCUCGGAAAAGACAAGAGGUGUAUUAACCUCGAAAACAUUAUAAUUAUUCAGCUCAUUGUUUGUACACAGUUUGUAUUUCUGGAUUCCUUUAAAAUUUCGAAGGAGCGAUACUGCUGUUUUUGCUGAUUAACGGUAAGUUUGUCCAGGCAGAGAAAUCGCUUGACCUUGUUUCUAAAAUGAAUUUGAAACUCAGGUUUUUUGGAACUGCCAUAAUUGCUUUGAUAGCAGUUGCUUUCUUGUACAAUAGCAUUGAUAAUGACUCAGUCUUUCGUGGAAAUUCCAAGGCCAUUGGUGGAGUCUUCUACAAGAUGCAGUUUAAAUAUAAAUCGCCGCUAAAACGAAAUCUCGGACCCAAAAUGUCCUCAGCGGUGGAUCCAGAAACAGGACACCUAUUAGAAGAAGAAAAAUCUGGCUUGUUUCAUUUGGUGACAACAUUUGUGCCAUUUGAUCACGAAGAUGUUAGAAAAGGUUUGUUAAUCAAAGGUUUAUCACCUACUGAUGAAGAAAUUAAGGCAAGGAUGGCUGAAGUGUUUGAGUGUCUCAAAAGAAACCUUGAAAACCAACUGGUAUCGCAUGUUCACGUUUUGGUCAGGCGAGAAUCGACCAUUAGACGGUUGAAAAUGCUAGAUUUCAAGUUUAUUCAUAAACUCGUAAUUCAUAACAAUUUCGCAUCACCGUCCAUCAAAGAUAACAUUGACUAUGCUGCAAAAUAUUUGAAAGGAAAGACUGUAAUGUUACUUCAUCAAGACAAUUUAUUAGGACCAGGCUUCGAAAAAGUCAAUCACACGGUCCUGAGAAAAAAAAAAUUGAUGUAUGCACUAACAAGGCAUCCUGCAAACUGCAGUGCAUCAUAUGCGUCCGAGCAUUGUGGAGAGGGUUAUCGUUACGUUGGAAGUCAUGACGUAUUUAUUUUUCACGUUAGAGGAGAAUUCGCUGAUGACAAACUGGCUGAACUAAAUGUCCCUCCAAAUACAUUUGGUAUGGAAAACGUUCUUUUGUGGAUCUUUAAAAAAAGACUGGCUUAUAAGGUGCUAAACCCCUGUAAAGUGCUUAAAGUUUAUCAUCAACAUUGCAUUCCGGUGAGGGAUAAUUGGAGGAAACGAAUUAACAGAAACGGCCUAAAUGGCGGAGCUUCGUUUACCGACAAACUUGAAUAAAUUUGACAUUGCUAGUGACUUUAUUGCUAUUGAAAUUGCUUUUUGUGUAGCAUUUUUUUAAAUAUGGUUCAGUUCUUAAAUAAACACAAUAUCAUCUUUGAACAUCAAUAUGGAUUUCAAAAAAUCAAAUCAACUACACUAGCAAUUGUGAAACUACAAUCACAACUAAUCUACAACAUUGAAAAUAAUUUUACAUCAUGCUGCACAUUUCUCGAUUUGUCCAAAGUAUUUGAUACAGUCAACUACAGUAUACUAUUGAGUAAGUUAGGGCACUAUGGAAUUAGGAGAGUAGAUCACACCUGGUUUAAAUUGCGAGAACUCUACAGAAUUGAAAAUUAAUUGUGGUGUCCCUCAAGGAAGCAUAUUAGACCCCUUCCUCUUCUUGCUUUAUAUUAAUGAUAUAUAUAGCUCCUCCGAAGUCCUUGAUUUUUGUCUCUUUGCUGGUGACACAAGUAUUUUAUUUGCUGAUAAAAGCCUAGAUACAAUUGAACAAACAGUCAAUUAUGAAUUGAAAAAUGUUUCUGAAUGGCUUCUAGCUAAUAAGUUAUCACUCAAUAUAGCUAAAUCAAAUUUUCUCAUAGUAA